AAUCUAUAAAUAGAUGUAAACAGACAAGUUGUGUGUUUGUACCCUGUCGACCGACUGCCGCUAUGAACAGCAAGUUAUGAGAAAAAAUGAGAGAAGAUUCAAGAAGAAAGUUGGGGAUACUUUGCUGUACACCUUUUCCGUAACUGAGCAUGACAGAGGUGUGUAUGAUACAGCCUGGUGGCCGGCCGGCCCCGGAGCCCACCGAUUCCCCCUCCACGGGGCCUGUGAUUGUCAGGUACCUGACAGGUACGGAGGACGACCGCCUGUUUGCCGGCCGGAUGAUGGUGGAAGCGUUUGAACGGAAACUGGUUCAUGCAACAAGCAGGGGCAGUUUACCAGACAUGAGAGAUUCGUAUGCCAACAGUCUGAGAGAAAGACCGCCAGAAUUCUAUGAGAGACACCUAGUGGCCGAAUACAACGGAGAGAAGGCGGGGUCAUGUGUUCUGCGUUACCAUGGUGAUAGCGAACUAUUCCAAGAUAGAGAAGAAGACAUGGCCCCUGUGGGAUGUACGGAUUUUUGCGGGCUUGAACUGCUGAAUAAGGCAAGAAAGGAAGGUAUUCCUACGGGAACGUGUUCGAUAAACCAUCUAGCUGUCGACUCUUGUUUCAGAAGGAAAGGAAUAGGAAAAAUCUUAUUAAACACCGCUGAAAAAGAUGCUCUAAGACAUGGAUGCUCAGUUAUGGAUCUGUGGGUUGCCUCCAAUAACAAAGCUCGGUUGUUUUUUGAGGGUCAGGGUUACAGGGUCCUGGAGACAGACACGGGCUGCUGCUGCGGACUCUGGUGUAUGACGGGAGUUUGGAGACUUAAUCGAAUGGAAAAGAAACUGAGCUGACAUAGUGCUUAAAGUUUAUAAGCUAAAAUGAAUAAUUAUGUGAAAUUUGACUUGAUAUGUUGUUUUACAUGCUUCAGGAUAUUUGACAUUUGAUAAGUUUAAUAUGUGAGCGUUCACAUUUGUCACAAACAAUUAUAUAUGUAUAUAUGAAUUAUAUAUGUAUUCCUAGUUGGUGUGUAAUUAUAAAUCAUUUCAUCCAUUAUAUUAUAUUAAUUUUUAUCAGAGUAAAACAACAAAAAGCAAUGUCACAAUUUAUAGAGUAUUAAAUGUUGAAAGAUU